AUCGUAUCUUGCUCCUAUAACAAGACAGUCCGGCUCUGGGACGCCAUUACAGGAGCGGUGCUACAGACGCUCGAGGGCCAUAGAAGCAGGGUCUGGUCAGCUGCCUUCUCGCCGGACGGUAAGCAGGUCGUAUCUGGCUCAGACGAUAAGACGGUCCGGCUCUGGGACGCUAUUACAGGAGUGGCGCUGCAGACGCUCGAGGGCCAUAGAGGCACUGUCUACUCAGCCGCCUUCUUUCCGGGCGGCAAGCAGAUCGUAUCUGGCUCGGACGAUAAGACGGUCCGGCUCUGGGACGCCGUUAUAGGA